AUGUUCGGCCGUCGCAAGAGAAGCUCCUCCUAUCACCAGGUGCCGCUACCUACCGCCUCCGCUCAAUCAGCGCAGACCGCCGCCAGCCAUGCCUUCCUAAAGUCCCAACCAUCCACGAAUAGUCUCUCGUCCGCAGCCGCAGCCGCCGCUCUACGCAAUCGCACACCGACUCCAACCUCCGUCGGAAAUGUCGAGACCAAGCGGAUGGUUCAGCGGCGGUCCUCGAGCCAGUCGCAGGCCAACCCCGUGUCCGGUCGCCGGUCAGCGAGUGUCAGUGGCACUCUGCGUCGAUCGAGCAGCUCCGGCUCGAUGACGGCAAGAAGCUUUCGCGAACCGUCCCCUCAUCGCCCAUCCACGAGCUCAGGGCCCAUAAACCACACACCGAGCAAUGCACCUCCGCUGCCGUCCGUUCCUCCGCAAUAUGCGAGCGGAAACCCCCGAAACCGCCGCGCUGUGAGCAUGCAACCACAGAUGCGAACACCUCCCGCUUCUCCACCACGGGCAAGCGCACGAGGCGUCAGUGCGGAUCGAGGAGGGCGAGAAGGGGGUUCGGCGGUACACUCGGCGCACAACCGGCUUAGUAGCCUGGGAACGGUGCCUGAGACGGAUCGACCGAAUAGUAGGAGCUCGGUCAAUUUCUCACGGCCAAUUUCUCCACCGGUGAUACCGGCUGUGCAUGAGAAUCGCCCUGUGAGUCGGGAGGGACCUUCGGGUCGUGUGGUACCUGCAGCUGCGGCCAGUGCUCAACAAUCGCCCUCCCAAGUAGCAGAGAAGGCGUUGAAUCCCAAGUCCAGACGUCAUGGUGCAGAGAAUGCAGAGGAGAAAAACGUCAUCAAAUCUGUUGGCGCUCCGGCUGGCACCGCCGCAGCCGCAGCUAAGGCCGUUAGUAUGCACAAAGACAGCCCACGGGUGGAGACGGCUCAUGCAAGGCGCGAACGGAUAGAUCCAGAGCCCCUUGAUACCCGCACACGGGAUCAACGCUCUGGUGACGAUGGGCCAAUUGCAGUCACUAACCCAGAUAUUGAGGAGCAACCUUCCCGAGCUAUUGAACGAUGGCCAUCGACAGUCAUUGAGGAGCAGGAGCCGGCAGGUAAAAUCAAUGCCUCUCGUGUUGAGGAGACCCGAAACCGAUCUGCGACAGCAUCACCUACCGUUGACCAUGCUGAGACGGUGUCGACCCCUCAGCCGUCUCCGACGGCGGACAAGGAAUCUACGCCGCAGCAACCUGAACAUGCACGCCAGCCAAGCAGCCCCAAUCGAUCUGCCCACUUCUCCAAGUGGCUUUCCGUUUCCGCAGCUGGCGAUCAAGUUCAUCAGCCUCCGCCGAGGUCAGUAUCACCCGUGAAAUCAGCGCUGAAAAGCCAACGCGGAGACUCUCUGUCUCCGGACAGGCGGGCUGCUCAUACUGGUCGAAUUGUGCCCACGAGUGAGUUGUCCGAUGGAACUUCGGUAGCCUCAGAUGAUGGUUCUCGACCUGUGCCGAAGAAGAAGUCUGUUAGGGUCAGCUUUGAUGACGCGGCCGAGAUUGUUGGAGUCGCAGCUAGUCCUCCAACAUCCCCCGAAGACUACGCGCCGGACUCACCUCCGGGUAAGUCCAAGACUCGCAAGAAUUGGUUCGGCGUUGGCAGGAAGAAGCAACCGUCAGACCAUGUCACAGGCGAUGACGACUUUGACGAAGUUUUGAAGCCCCGACCGGUCCUGCCAUCAUUUGGUAGCGUUCGAAAGAACCGAGAUGGUACUCCGGUCCCUCCCAUCCCUCAAUUUAGCGACAACGAAUCUACCGGCACAUCUGGGGAUGAGGCUCCAGAUCGGGGCGUUUCAUUUUCUAAUGAUCAUGCCCUUGGAAGCAUGCUUCCCAAGGUCUAUCCCGCGGAGUCGUCGCAGGUCCAUGAUGUCAAGUCUGUGGAGCAAUUCUCUGUCAAAGGCGAGCCUUCUUCUUUGAAGGAGCCAUCUUCGGACAAAAAAUUGGAUGGCACCGCCCUGGGUGGGAUCGCCGAAAACCCACCAUUUACUGAGGCAGAAUCCGAGACUGCUCUACCGUCCAUUGCUGUCCAGCCAGCUACUCCCAUGCUCGAGAACGACCGGCCCAGCUUUGAUCAAUCGCGGUCAAACCGGUCAAGCCUUGAUCAAUACCAGGUUCCAGGUGGAUUUCCGCCGCCGAACUCGGAUCGCAAGCCUAAGUCUGCAGCUGAAGGAAUUAGGCAGCCUAUGGCAAGCCCUCUUCCCAACUUGGACGACGUUGAUACCGAGGGCGAUUCGGGUGACAGCAUCUACAGUGAUGCGGAGGAAGACUUCGACGGAGAUGGCUUCGGGUCGAUCAAUGCCAUUGUCGAUAGUCGAGCAAUCCCUAGAUCAUCAGUUCCUCUAGACACGACCAGCGAAAGUCGUGACAUUACUCCCAGGCCGACUACUCGGACUGUGGCUGUCGACAGUCAAUCGCAAGAUGUCACAGAGGCUGCGGAGGAACCUCGCUCUAUAACGCCAACGCAAGAAUCUGUUAAUCGCAAGAUGGAAGAGUCAUCUACUGCCAUGGCUUUCCCAGAAUCCCCCUCUCCGCCUCCGCCAUCCAAGUCUCAAGCUGGAGCAUCCCAGAACGGGGCCAUGCAAUCAGAAAACAAACAGAAACGGACUGGUUCUGUCGAUGCUUACGGAAGCUCUGGCCUGCAGGAUCGCCGGUCACAGCCUGUCAAUGGUGCGGCAUAUGGCAAGACUCAGAACCGACCUGUGUCUCUUGGCCCGGCGUUCCAAAUGAAGAGCCCCGUGGCCGCCUUCCCGAAUUCCCUUCGUCGAACAGCGUCAAAUGGUAGUGAUUCAUCGAGCAGUUUCAAGCGCGCUACUCCUUCACCUCGCAGUGAGGGCUUCCAUGGUAUGCGUCGGACGAUGAGAGCCGGCGCCGUCCCUACUGGUCAAGCCCAGCCUCCAACUCUCCGGGCAGGCUCCCCUGAGGAGUAUCGACCAAUGUCGUCUGGAUCUGGCGCUGGAACGAUGCGCAAGACCCUACGAAGCCCACCUGGUGGAGGCGAGCGAACCUCUUUCUUCUCCACAAACAAGAAAGCGCCUCCUCGUGCAAAAUUCACCAAGCCGCCUCCCAAGUCGAAGGGUGCAACUCGGUUUGCCAAUUCGGACGACGAGGAUGAAUCCCGCCCUCAAGUCUUCCGCAGUCGAUUUGCCGACUCCAGCGACGAAGGUGAAGGUAGCAAUAAUGCCAUGCGCCCCGUUCGUGGAAUCCCCCGCCGCCAGGGCGCUCAUGACGGCGAUUCGACCGACCUGGAGGAUAGCUCUGAAGACAAUCGCCAGCAACACGGUCAGGCUCAGACUCCGGGUGGAUUGGUGAUCCCGCCGCGUGGGGACGCACGGCUACAACGCUCUCGCGAUCACAAUGCACCGAACAUGUCUGGUAUGGCAGCCGUGGCUCGACAGCGCGGCAUGAGUCAGAAGGAGCUCGAGGCGUUCCUCAUGCAACCUAAAAAGCAAGGCUUCCUCACUCGUAUCGGUCUCAAGAAGGCCAAGAACGAUAGUCGCGUUUACAAGGCCGAUGUCGAGAGUCCCUCUCGGAGAGAUACGCCGCUUGAGCGAUCACGCCUGGAGCGCGAGCAAUUGCGAGAACCCUACGCCAUGGAAAACACCUACACGGCUACUAUCGAGGCGGAACCGCCGUCCUCGCCAUCGGGCAAACUGCUCAAGAAGAACAAGCGACACACCCUCGGUGGUGAUGCCUGGCCGCUUCGUCCCCAAGAAGAGCAGCCGGCCCCCACACCCGCUUCAGAGCAGGUCCAGAGUGCACCAUCAUCGCCCCUGCGAAAGGAGAAGCCGGCUCCAGCCAAUGGCACUCUCGUCAAUGGCGACUCUCCAGCCACAGAAACCGGACCCUCCCAACCCGAGCCUGAGUUCCACGACGCCAGCUCUGAAAUUACGAACCUCACCGACCCCGGCCCAGCCGCGCGCGAUGUGGUGAUCGCAGGAUCCGGGCGAAAGAAACGAUUCCCCAUGCUUCGCAAAGCCUUUGGUCUACGAUCAUGA